AUCAACAUGUUGUCUGCUAUAGCAAAACAGUAAAACACAUGUGACAUUUUACAUUUUCGGUCAGUGAGAACAGAAAAUGUUUCUAUCGAAUUUCGUCAAGUCAGUUUAUCGUUUUCAGCAAGCUAGUCGUCAGAUUUUGCCUUUCGCUUUAAACCCAAACAUAAGUCAUCGAUUCCCAUGUCGGGAAUUUUGUGCCCAAGAAAAGUCAUCGAAUGCCAAACAAGCAGAAGCAGUGUGCGAGCCAAAAAGAAGAUAUGUGACUUUGACAGAAGAGGUUAUUAGUUCGUUAACCAAAGGCGAUACGGAACUGAUAAAACGACUCAAGAUGGCUGAAUUUGAAUACGAAAUAUCCAAGCAAGAAGGAACAAGAGCUCCUCCUGGAUUGACAAUCAAUGAUUGGCAGGAAUUGCUGGAGCUAGAAUCAACAAGCAAACGGAAGAAAUUUUUAGCAUUUCUUUUCAAAAGGGAAAUGACGAAACUGAGCCAAAAAAACUCAAAAAUAGAACAACAACAAAUAAGGGAAGCAAAGUGGCAAGCAGAGAAGGAAGCAAUUAAAUUAAAUCCCCCCACUGAAGAGCAUAUUAAAUAUGGACUGGGCCACAACACUAUUUUUUUGAAAGUUUACGAUACCAAGAUGGAUCACUACGAAAAUAACAGGAUGAUAAGGGCUGAAAGGUUUGAAUUACCUGUGGUCUUUGAUCACAGUUAUGAACAACACAUGACCCAACAGGAGUUGAAGAAUGCUGCCAAACAACUAGCACUGUCUUUUAUUACAAACAGGGAGCACGAAAAUCCAUUCCCUUUCCAGUAUUGCAAUGUCAACUUCAAUGGACCCGUGAUGAAGCAUUUUCUCAAAUGGAUGCCACAUCUGUAUAGCCCUGAAUUUCCAAUCAAUCUUAGCUCCAAAAGCUAUCUUGACUUGUUUCCAAGAGAAAAGCUCGUCUAUCUGACACCUCACUGCAAAACAGAAAUGACCCAUUUUGAUUUUGACAGUGUCUACAUCAUCGGAACAAUGGUUGACAGGAGUGACAGCAAGCCACAUUCGUUAGCAUUUGCUAAACGAGAUAACAUCCGAAUGGCCAAGUUACCUCUGGAUCGAUAUUUGCGUUUUGGUGGUGGCAGUGGCAAGUGUCUGGCGUUGAACCACAUGAUUUCCAUCCUACUGGAAGUUAAAACCCACGGAGACUGGAAUAGAGCCCUUGAGGUCGUUCCAAAACGUAAACUUAUGGAUCCAUAUUCAGGAAAUGAAUCACAUCUAAGAACGAAAUACCCAAAGUCAAAUGCCGAGAUAAGGGGACGAGUGAGAGAAGAAUUGGACGAAUUAUUAUUUUCUAACGUCCCCCGUAAAACCAGCAGGUCUAAUUCAAAGUCUAUCGAAAAGCAGCCGAUAAGGCUUUUUACCUAAGUAUGGAGUAUGGAGCUGCCCAGAGUAUUUGUCAAUACGUAGUAUCGAAAACACCAAAGGCACGAGAAAACAUGUAAUACAUUCAAGAAAGAGCGGGAGGGUGGAAAU